AUGAUUGGAUCUGGGGCCUGGGGACCCCGGCAAGGUGUCGGCGCUAGGAACCACUUGGCCGCCGAUUGGAGGGGCCUAGACCUCUCUCUUGCUCUCUCUCUCUCUCUCCUACCUGACCUCGUGAUACUGCUACUCGUGUAUCCUCCUCUUCUCUCUUCCACUUUUUCCUUCGUCUCGAGACCUCACCUCCUGCUCGUCUCGUCUUGUCUCGUCACAUUCGCUUUUUCGCUCGAGAGAUACAUCCCAGUGGGGACUGGGGUCAGGCGUUGUCGCCCAACGGCACUUUUCCAGACUACGGCACACCGACUCGUCAGCCAGCUCACGACUCCAAGUACUGUUGUCUGGCCGCUCUCGCUAUUUUCCCACGUCGUACCACCGGGAAACCACGAUUCAUUCACGGAAUUGACGAGUAGCUUUACUUUCGCUCGAACAAAUAUCGGGUCGCCCAGCAUGAUGUCCAAGCUUGGUUCCCCAUUGGGGUCGCCAACCUUGGCCGCCACCACAGCUCAGUUCCGCAACCGCCUACCAACACAGUUCCGCCGUUGCCUCCCAAUAUACGUUGCCGCCAUCAUCCUCAUCUUCUUCACCUUUAACCUGAACCUUUUCCACUCGCGUGUUCGCGAAGUCACCUCGAACGCCGCCGCCCUCGCCCGUCCACCGGUCCCGGUGGUAGCUGCGCCAACUGUGCCCAUCACGCCAGUAGGACCAGCUCAGACCCCCAAGGCCGUCCGCACCGAGUUCCCCAGAAAGAUUUGGCAGACAUGGAAGGUCAACCCUCUCAGAUUCGAGGAGCGUGACAUCAAUACCGCCCGCUCAUGGGUUGGCAAGAACCCCGAUUACCGAUACGAGGUGUUGACCGACGACAAUGACAUGAAGUACGUCGAGUGGCACUUUGGCCCCGAGGGCUUCAACCGCCCCGACAUUGUCAACUUUUACCGCGACGUCAAGGCUGCCAUUGUCAAGGCCGAUCUCCUCCGCUACAUCGUCAUGUAUGCCGAGGGUGGUCUGUACGCCGAUAUCGAUGUCGAGGCCUUGAAGCCUCUCUCCAAGUUCAUCCCCGACCGUUACAACGUCAAGGAUAUCGAUAUGGUUAUUGGCGUCGAGAUUGAUGAGCCUGACUGGAAGGAUCACCCCAUUCUUGGUCCCAAGUCGCGUUCUUUCUGCCAGUGGACCUUCAUGUGCAAGCCCCAGCUGCCCGUCAUGAUGAGACUCAUUGAGCAGAUCAUGACAUGGCUCAAUGGUGUUGCCAAGGAGCAGAACGUCCCUCUUGCCGACGUCAAGCUCGAUUUCGACCAGAUCAUCAGCGGUACUGGUCCGUCUGCCUUCACCACCGCCAUUCUCGCCGAGAUGGAUCUUCACAAGGAGGACCCCAACAUCAAGGUCGACUGGGAUCUCUUCCACGACCUCCAGGAAUCUAAGCUCGUGAGCCGCACCCUCGUCCUCACCGUCGAGGCUUUUGCUGCCGGCCAAGGCCACUCGGAUUCAGGCAACCACGACGCCAGAGCUGCUCUCGUCAGACACCACUACCACGCUUCCAACUGGCCCAGCAGACAUCCCCGCUACAGCCACCCUGCCUAUGGUGAGGUUGAGAAGUGCAACUGGAACGAUGAGUGCGUCAAGACCUGGGACAAGAACGUCGAGGCCUUUGCCAAGAUGACCGAGGAGGAGCAGAGGAAGAUUGUCGCGCAGAAGGAGCAAGAAAGGAAGGAGGCCGCCGAGAAGGCCAAGGCUGAAGAGGAGAAGAGAAAGAAGGACCGUGAGGAGGCCGAGAAGAGGAAGAAGGAGGAGGAGGAAAAGAAGAGGAAAGAAGCCGAAGCGAAAAAGGCCGAAGCCCAAGAGGCCAAGCGCAAGGAGGAAGAGGAGAAGAGAAAGGAGGAGGAAAAGAAGGGGUGGCUGCAUUUUUCAUGA